UCCAUGGCUCCUUCGAACUUGCUACUGCUCCGCUGUUAUCACAGAACACUGUGAUUGCAGUGGGCAAACUCGGUACCACAUCAAGGUCGAGGAGAAAAUUCCUGAGCCAGACAGCUUCUUUCGCUGUCUCUGAGGCAGCUACAUACUCAGCCUCCAUGGUUGAGUCCGCCACGCAUUUCUGCUUGACACUCCUCCAUACUAUGGCUCCUCCUCCUAAAGUAAACACAAACCCUGAGGUUGACUUGCUUUCGUCCCGGUCUGCCUGGAAGUCAGAAUUGGUAGAUCUGUGUGCCUUAGUAAUCAGUCAGAAUGUUAUCACGUGUUCAAUAAUGUUAAACUUUCUCAAUGUUCAGAUGCCGCCACGUAGGGAACCCGAUCAUCGGUCUCCUACUCAGGCUACUGUAGUCGCACAGUUCCGCGACUAUCACGCUGAAAAGUUCUCAGGGCAGGGAGAUCCCCGCAUCGUAGAUGAAUGGAUUAAGGGCCUGGAGUUUAUCUUUGAGGUCAUGGACUGCCCCGAUAGAUAUCGCGUAAUCUGCGCUCAGCUUCAGCUCACCGGUGAUGCUAGGCUCUGGUGGAACGCCUACUGGAGCAUGCAUCCCGGUGAAAAAGCGGGAUGUACAUGGGACAUGCUUAAGGAGCUAGUCCGCGAAAAGUAUUACCCCUCCUACUAUCGGGCAGAGAUGGAGCGUCAGUUCUUAGCGCUCCAGCAGGGCACUCGUACGGUUGAUGAGUACGAGCGAGAGUUUACUAGACUUGCAGCUUUCGGGAAGGGCGCACAGACUGACCGGAGGACCCGACAGAGACAGCAGCCGGUUCCACUAUGCCCGACUUGCGGACGACUUCAUCAGGGAGAGUGCCACAUGGGUCAGGACAUCUGCUACUACUGCCACGAGCCUGGACAUUUUGCGAGUCGCUGUCCGAAGAGACUUCAGCAGCAGCCCCAGCAGCCUCAGCAGCCGCCACAGCAGCCGCAACCACGUCAGCAAGCGCAGAGACUGCCUGAUGAAGGAUCGGAUGUUCAU